CUAGGCUCAGGCCUGCUCUGGCAAUUUCCCGACCGUCAUGCUCAUCGGGACAUGUGUAUAACAGGCUUCAGGAUUAUACGGCUACGCACGAGAGGAUAAUCUUCUCCCGGUCCUUCUAUCUGUGGCAUUGUGGGCUCUGUCGCGGUGGAAUUCUGGCUGCGAUUGAGUGGGGCCCAUGAUUGCCUUAGCGCAGGCUGCGUUCGUCAUCGCCACGAGUUUCGUUUCCGUCCUUCCAUCGGAUCGAAUCAUGCUCGACCGGAUGCAAGGGUGCCAAUGCUUUUGACACGGAUUUGCUCAAAACGACAAAGCCUCUGGUCACCGCGCGAAUCACAUUUCUGUGGAGGUGAUUUUGAUGCCGGUGCCGGGUAGAAGACAUGAUGAGAAUUGCUGAUUUCAACGUGCUAUAACGAAGAGGCAAGAAUGGACCGAGGUGACAUUGAUUUGGAGGACGUUAUCAAAGAGCACCGGAGAGACGCGGGAAGGAGUGGAGAGGAGAUCGAGCGUCUUACCGUGGAUGAUAGUCUGAGUGAUCUUGAUCGGACCAAACUUUUCCUUUCUCCAGGUGCUCAUCAGUUGCAACAGAACUGUGCCUUGGAAAGACUCCCUAAGGUGUUUCAAGAGUAUAAACAAGCAGCUUAUCGUGCAUUGUUCCCUGGGUUCACGACUUGGAUAGAGAGCUACAAUUCCCAGUCUCAGGUUGCUGCAGGAGAGGCAUUCAUGGCUAUAUUGAAAGACACGUCCUUACCAAAAGAGGUGGGGUUGUGGCUACUUCCAACGACAUUAUCUAUGCUAAGCACAAACCGAAAUCAAGACGUUGCACGAGUAUGGUUGAAGUGUCUUUGCGGCAUUGUUCCUACAUUACCUCGGAAGGUUGUUUUCGACGAGCUUAUGCAUAUAGCUCUGUCUAAAGGAGAAUCCCAGCAAAGUGUACAGGCGCGCACCGCCUGUUGUGCCAUUCUUGGGUCCAUCGCACCCCUGCUAAAGCGCGAAGAAAUUGAGAAAUAUUUCUUACAGAAAGCUAUGGGUCUCUGUCAGGACACAGACUUGGAAGUUCGAGUGUGUAUGUGCGAGCAGUUGAACCACAUAGCGCGUGCUGUUGGGCUUGACACAACGAAGGAGAAAGUCUUACCGGAGUUAUAUGAGCUGCUCAGAGAUGAAGAAUUGACCGUACAAAAUGCAGCCUUUGCAAGCCUGGUGCAGAUGCUCGACUACUUGCCCCCUGAGAUCCGACAGACUAAGAUCAUGCCUUUUCUCCGUUUGUUCUGUCCUCCAAAUGAAUCGUGCUUGUUGAUCACACUACCACGUCUCAUAGGAGAACUUAUGUGUAAGAUGGUCUUCGAUCUCACCGAUGAUGAGUUUCAACCUUUGAUGGAAGCGUACAAAACAUAUGCCCGUCAUUCAAGUGAAGAAGUGCGCAAGCUGUGUGCUUCCAACUUUCCUGCUGUGCUGAAGGCUAUCGGAGCUCGAAAAUAUGCUUUGAGCCUGCAUGUUUUGUAUCAACAGCUUGUUCAGGAUGCAUCGUCUUCCGUUCGCGCUGCAUGUGCUACUUCGUUUAAUGAGGUUGCAAAGUUGCUUGGUAAGAAGAGGACAUCUUCUUAUCUUAAGGAUCCGCUCGUGUUGCUGCUCGAAGAUUCAUCACAUGAUGUGCUGAAAUCAAUAUUGGAAGACCUCCACCUUAUUUUAGGCCAUUUUGCAGUGGGGACACCACAGCAGAAGGCAGCGACGUUUGGAGGAUUGAUGCCUUCGUUAUUGCUAGCGGAGAAGUCAGCCAGCACUGGAAGACAGUGGCGCCUACAACUCUGUCUCCUCCGUGCAUUUGCUGAGAUGCCAGAAUACUUUACAAGUGAUCAGAUCUUCGAAAAUUUUGUACCCAUAUGCUUUUGCUACAUGACAGAUGGGGUGAUGCCUGUAAAAGCUGCAGCUACUAUGGCACUUGCGAAUUUUAUCCGGAACAAUCGAAAAGCAUCCCAACGCUAUGAGCUAUCAACACGUGUCGUUAAGGAGUAUGCUCAUGGGCGGAGCUACUGGUCGAGGAUGGUGUUUAUCGAGUUCUGUGAGAAUAUGCUGAAAGUUUCGAGUUCUCGUAUGUUCAAAGACGUCUUUCUUGAUCCAGCCAUCUCCUCUCUCCAGGAUCCAGUGCCAAGUGUUCGGAUGCGAGCAUGUCUGCUGCUACCACACCUUAAGCAUGCCAUAAAGCUGCCAGAAGAUGUGGGCGUUCUGGAGAAAAUCAAUCACCUUACAACGCAACGACUGAAUGAUAACGUGAAAGAGGUUUCAGCAGCCGCUCAGCGUGUUGCUGAUGGUUUCAAGCACAGUUUGCGCAAUGCAUACAAUGAUCGCGAAGUUGCAAGCGAUCAUGCCAUAUCCCAGGAAGAGAUUGAGAGGAUUGAUAAGCAACGUGAGGAUGAAGAGUGGAACAUUCUGAGCAAAGAGGAGCAGGUGAGUAUGCAAGGCCACUUUGCGUGGGUUUUAAUGCGGGGUCGUCUCUUACUGAAGGACGAAAAGAAGAAGAUCGAUGAUAUGCUCCAACGCCUCAAACUCGAAGCGGCGAGCAAGAAGGGCAGUAUUGCUUCGGCAAACACCAUUCAGUCACUGUCGUCUUCUCCGCAGGACUCGGGUCGCCUUUCUAAGAGCAUAGGAUCAGUUAGAACAAGCGUAAGCAAUGGGUCAAGAGUAAGCAUCAGUUCAGCGUCUUCUCGUGCAGGAUCUAUGGACACUGUCAGGAAGGUGUCAUCAAGUUCUCCAGUUCCAUCAAGCCAGAUUGCGCCACCUGGACUUUCAUCCAAACGCAGUAGCGGCCAGUCCAGCAUGGUAACACCGGGAGGUAAAGCAGGCACCAGGGUUUCCUUAGGGUCUGGAAACCAAACAGCAGGUUCUGCAAGGCCUGCCUCGCCUGCGGUUAACCUGAGGCCGCAAACUCCUUCACCUAUUCAAGAUGCGAGUGAUCCGUCAGCUUCCAGCCCGAGUGUGAUAUUAAGGAAGAACUCGAAGACAAUAGCCAGCAGAAGAACAUCAUCGUAGAAUGGCUCAUGGAAUCAAGGCCAGACAAUAUUGUUGACUCAUGAUCAUAGCUAGAGUCUUGUGUUGGCAACCUGAUCUAAUUUUGCUAGAAGCCGAAAUGAGUUGGAUCAAGUUCCGUUAUCUGUACAGGCUCACUGAGACGAAAAUUGAAAUGGGCGUUUUGAUGAAGUAAGGAAAUGUAAAUCUAAGGUUUAGAAGUACAGUCAGAAAGGUUGUACAUUCUCGUGCCAUUACAUUGAGUAUAAAAAGGAAGAAAGUAACGGU